CGGGAGCGGGAAGAUGGCGGCGGGCGGCAGCAGCCGCGGCACCGGGCCGGCUGUGGGCUCGGGCUCCGGCGGAGGCCCCGGGGCCCGCAGGGGCAGCGCGGGCCGGGAUGCAGAAGCCGAGCUUUGGUGCCGGCGGGUGCGGGAGCUGGUGAGCGCGGUCCCCGCCAACCGGCUGUGCUUCGAGUGCGGACAGCGCGGCGUCACCUACGUGGACAUCAGCGUGGGCAGCUUCGUGUGCACCGGCUGUUCAGGGGCGCUGCGGGGACUGAACCCCCCGCACCGUGUCAAGUCCAUCUCCAUGACGACAUUCACCGAGGCCGAGGUGCUGUUCCUGCAGGCACACGGCAAUGAGGCCUGCAGGCGGGUCUGGCUCGGCACCUUCGACCCCCGCACUUCGCUGCUCCCCGACUCCUGCGACCCCCAGAAGGUGAAGGAGUUCCUGCAGGAGAAAUACGAGAAGAAACGAUGGUUCGUGGCAGCAGAACAAGCGAAACCUCCUCAAAGCACCACGACAGAGCCCGCGCCUCCCCAGCUCCUCCACGGGGACAUGGGGACACUGCCACAGCCCCGCCCAGUCGCCCACCGCCCCUCCCAGCCGGCCCGGAAGGGCAGCACCGACCUCCUCCUGGCUGACAUCGGGGGAGAUCCCUUCACCAGCCCCACGCCAGGACCUGCCUUCCCCGGCCCAGCCCUGAGCCGCUCUUCCUUCCCCGCUUUCGAUGCCUUCGGAACCAAGCCUGGAGCACCAACGUUUGGAGAAACUGUGCCCCGCUUCCAGACCCCAACCACCACCACAGGGGGUGUGGCCACCUCUGUUCWACCCACAGGGGGAGGAGCUUCUGUCAGCCUCUUCGGGACCCUCCGUGCCCCCCCAGCGCUGCCCUAUGGGGGCUACACCAACCCCUUCACAGCCCCCACGGUCCCCAGACCCUCCACCAACCCUUUCCAGAGCAAUGGUCCUGGUGCCGCGUUCACCACACCCCCCGUUCCUGGGGGGUUCCCCAGCCCUUUCCAGGUUGAUGGGUUGCCUUUUGGUGGGUUCAACGUUGCCAAAGCUUCCACCAACCCCUUUGUGACGGUCCCGACUCCACCGGCCCCGUUUGGCAUCAGGCACCCAACCACCAACCCCUUCCUAUAACUGCUGCUGCUCGGGGUGGGGCUCAGCCCAUUCCUCACGGCCCCCCUCG